AUGGCCCCGUUUGGCCUUUGCGCGUUGCUUCUUGCAUUGGCAAUUUCUAUUCGGCCCAUCCUGACACAUUCGUGGGUCGAGCAGCUUGUGAGGAUUGCUCCUAAUGGCACCAUGAUCGCACCGGCAGGCUAUAUCCGAGGUUACGUUGGUCGCACAGAGCCAGGGUUCAAUGAUGCUGAGAACACGUACCUGCUCCCCCCCAACGGUCGUCCUGAUGGCAAGGUGGUCCACUCCGACGACCGCAUCUGUAAAGCAACGCAGCAGAUCGGUAACUACAGCGAAGACUACCCGAUGCUGCACGUUGCGCGCGGUGACCUUGUUGCCUUGCGGUACCAAGAAAAUGGCCAUGUAACCCUCACCAAAAGCAACGCAAACGUCAAGCCGGACAAGAGUGGCAUCGUAUACGUGUACGGGACGGCAAACCCCCUGGCCAGCGACACGCUCUUGGGAAUUCACCAGGUGUGGACUGCGGAUGGGCAAGGCGGCGAUAGGAGAGGACGACUGCUCGCCACGCGAAACUUCGACGAUGGACAAUGCUACCAGAUUAACGACACGCCCAUCUCGAAGUCGAGGCAGAUCCAGGCCUCCAAGGAAGCCGAAGAUCCCCAGGGUGCCGACCUCUGGUGCCAGUCGGAUAUCCGGCUACCCUGUGAUUUGCCCCGAGCUGGGACGUACACCCUUUAUUGGGUCUGGGACUGGCCGACGCUUGCGCCAGAGACGAACAAUCAGUCCGCCGUCGUAUCCCCCGAGAUAUACACUUCCUGUAUGGACAUCAACCUAGACGAUUUCAGCCAGUCGGCGGACCAGAACGUGAACUUUAUCCACGAACAAGACGCGAACAGCAGGGUUAUCUAUGAACAGCUUGACAACAACUUUAUCUAG